AUGAACUUUGGCACUUCCCAAGCUGCCGCUCUGCCCAAGAAUGAAUUUUUAUUUCUGAGCAAACUACAGGUUUAUUAUAGUCUGAUGAGUCAAGGCCAAAAUUUUCACAUCCUCGCGUUCUACUACUUAUUGAAUUUUGGCCAGGCUGAGCUGCCUGAGUACAGUUUGGUGGCGAUGCUGGACGACUGUCAGAUAGCCUACUUCGACAGCACUCUGCAGCAGAUUGUACCCAGACAGCGAUGGAUGGCUGAGUCCUUCCAGAGGGAUCACUGGGCUGCUAUGACUAUCACAAUGGCAGGAUUCCACGGUCUCGUCAGAGGAAACAUCGAGAUAUUUUACCGGCAGCGCCGUGGAGCUUCAGGUAUUUUCUUUGUCCAGGGAACAUGUGGCUGCAAAAUAUCCAGUGAUAAUUCCACGGAUGGCUUUAUAAAGCUGGGAUACGAUGGAGAGGAUGCAUUUGUUUUUGACAAGGACAGAAGAAGUUGGAAUCCGCUAAAUCCAGAGUUCCAGAGGUUAGCAGCCCGAUGGAAUGCCAACUCCUUCAUGAACAAGUACUUCAAGGCUCUGUUGGAAAAGGACUGUGUGAAAUGGCUGCUGAUUUACCUCGAGUGUGGGCAAGGGGUUUUGCAGAGGAGAGCCACCCCGGAGGUGUUCAUUGGGAAUAAGACCAAGGCUGAGCAAGGGCUGAGGCUCUCCUGCCUUGUGACGGGCUUUUAUCCAUGGCCCAUCGAUGUGACAUGGUUGAGGAAUGGCGAGGAGGUCUCCGACAGUGAAACCAGUGGCACGCUGCCCAACCAGGAUGAGACAUACCGGGUGAUGAAAACGAUUGAGCUAAGUGGAGAUGAUGGGGAGAGAUAUUCCUGUCAUGUCGAGCAUGCCAGCCUCCUGCAGGGCCUUGACGUGCCCUGGGAGAGAGUGACACAAGGAGGCGUGAAGGUCAGAAUUGUGAUUGGAGCAGCAGCCCUCUCCCUCACUCUUCUUGGCAUCAUCAUUGAGUUUGGUUUCUGGAGCCAGAGGCCAAGUGAUGUGACUAGCAGCAACCGGCAGAGACUGGCAGACACUUGCAGAGACCAACAGGCACUAACAGAGACUGACGGAGGCCAGCAGAGGUUGACAGAAACCAGUAGAAGCUGGUGUAACUGGCGGAGGAUAUGCAGAGACUGGUGGGAGACGAGCAAGCACUGGCAGAGUCCAGCAGAGAGUGGCAGAGAGCAGCAAUGA